GUCGGCAGUCAGUCAUUACGAUGAGCUGUAGUUGACCCGUUUAUGUUUUCUCACUAUCUGUUAUCAGUACAGCGCGCUGAUUGUCAAAAUAUUUGAGAAUAUAAAAUAAUUAUUCUUGUUUAGUUUUAAACGACCAACGUUUAAUUUUUCUAAUAAGUCGAUCGUUUCCCGUUCAGACCGAACACCGCACAGCCGGAACAAUGGCUGACGACGACGGAAACAUGGAAGAGAACAACGCAGGGGACAUGAACACCAAAUUUGGCUUACGAAUACGUGGGCGCAAAGGUGCUCUAAAAAAGAAGAACGUCUAUAACGUCAAGGAUCACAAGUUCAUACCUCGGUUUUUCAAACAACCUACAUUUUGCAGCCACUGCAAGGAUUUUAUAUGGGGCUUUGGGAAACAAGGAUUUCAGUGCCAAGUAUGCAGUUUCGUCGUACACAAACGUUGCCACGAAUUCGUAUCUUUCACGUGCCCUGGAGCUGACAAGGGACCUGAUUCCGACUCUUCCAGGACCAAGCACAGGUUCAAAGUGCACUCAUACGCUAGCCCGGCAUUUUGCGACCAUUGUGGCUCGUUAUUGUACGGUGUCAUACAUCAGGGGAUGAAAUGCGAAGCUUGCGACAUGAACGUGCACAAGCGAUGUCAGGAGAGUGUGCCAAACUUGUGCGGAUGUGAUCACACGGAACGACGGGGAAGGAUAGAAGUUAAAGUCACGUGCCAAGGAACGAAACUCAUCAUUGAAAUUCGCCAAGGAAAAAAUCUUAUUCCAAUGGAUCCGAACGGCUCGUCCGAUCCGUACGUUAAACUGAAACUCAUACCGGACACCGACAACAUAAAAAAGAAAACCAAAACAAUCAAAUCGUCGCUCAACCCUGUGUGGAACGAGACGAUAACAUUCGAAUUGAAACCGGAAGACAAAGAUCGGCGGUUGCUGAUCGAAGUAUGGGACUGGGACAGGACGUCCCGGAACGACUUCAUGGGGUCCCUGUCGUUUGGCAUAUCCGAGCUGAUCAAGUCGCCGGUGGAGGGUUGGUUCAAGCUGUUGACACAGGAAGAGGGCGAGUUCUACAACGUGCCUGUUCCCGAAGAAGGAGCCGACCUGGCGGCUCUGAAAAAUCAAAUGCGGGGCUCGAAAACACAAAGUCGAAGUUCGAAAACGUCGAUAACCUGCAGAAAACCGAUGAUGCCGGACAAGGACGUGCCACACAACAUGGGCAAAAAAGACGUCAUCAGGGCGUCGGAUUUCAACUUUUUGCAAGUGUUGGGCAAAGGCAGCUUUGGAAAAGUGAUGUUGGCCGAACGAAAGGGGACGGACGAGUUGUACGCCAUUAAAAUACUGAAAAAAGACAUCAUUAUCCAGGAUGACGACGUCGAGUGCACUAUGGUGGAAAAACGCGUUUUGGCUUUAUCCAGCAAGCCGCCGUUUCUCGUGCAGCUCCAUUCUUGUUUUCAGACCAUGGACCGUUUAUAUUUCGUAAUGGAGUACAUCAACGGAGGAGACCUAAUGUUCCAAAUCCAACAAUGUGGAAAGUUUAAAGAACCCGUCGCCGUAUUUUAUUCGGCAGAAAUCGCUAUUGGUCUGUUCUAUUUGCAUCUUAACGGCAUCAUUUACAGAGACUUGAAGUUAGAUAACGUGCUAUUGGAUCAAGACGGUCACAUAAAAAUCGCCGAUUUCGGCAUGUGCAAAGAAGGCAUUAUGGGAGAUAAGACGACCAAGACAUUUUGCGGAACGCCCGACUACAUAGCUCCAGAGAUCAUUUUGUAUCAACCUUACGGCAAGUCGGUCGACUGGUGGGCUUACGGUGUGCUGUUAUACGAAAUGCUGGUCGGUCAACCGCCGUUCGAUGGCGAGGACGAAGAAGAGCUUUUCGCCGCAAUUACCGACCACAGCGUCAGCUAUCCCAAAGGCAUGUCCAAAGAAGCCAAAGAGAUAUGCAAAGGGUUUUUGACCAAGAACCCUAUGAAACGACUGGGCGGCGGUCCCAGGGGCGAAGAGGACAUCCGGGGACACGUGUUUUUCAGACGGAUAGAUUGGGCGAAAAUCGAAAACCGCGAAGUCCAACCGCCGUUCAAGCCGAAAAUCAAACACCGGAAGGACGUGAGCAAUUUCGACAAGCAGUUCACCGGCGAGAAAACCGACCUGACGCCCACUGACAAACUGUUCAUGAUGAACCUGGACCAGACCGAGUUCAUGGGCUUCUCUUUUCUCAAUCCGGAGUUCAUACAACACGUCUAAUGGCCGAUCUUUAGGCCGUUCACCAUCCUUGAAAUACCCCCUACUCGUUUUCGUUUUUCUACUUACAGGGUCCAUCUUAUCCGUUUUGUUUCACUACUUCUUCGUCUUCUCCUUCUUUUUUAUUUUUUUUUUUUAACUUACCGGUUCAACCAACGGUUCCGAAUUCACCGAGUCAAUUUGUCGGCCACUAAAAUUACCAAGACCCACUCACGUUAUUUUACACCUUUACCACUGCGAAUUUCCUAACCGGUACAAAUCCACUGGUACAAACACAGACCUUCUGGACCUUAAUCUCUAAUAGUAAACAACAACUGUAUAGUUGUUGUUUUAAUUUUUUUCCUCAGUACCUGACUUAUGUUAGUUGUGAUAGUUGAUACCACAUAAUUUCGAUAACUAAAAUAGCCCUUUACAAUGUCUAUUGAACCUGCAAGAUUGUUAUCGUACGAAACAAAUAAUAGACACCCCAAAAGCUGUUGUUCGAUGAGAUUGUACUCUCAAGUGCAAAUACUGGUAACACUUGUUCAAUUGUUUGUUAACACCAGAAACUAAUCUAAGACAGCUCGACCACUUUUUUUAAUUAUUUGUUUUUUUCCAUUUCGACUAUUAAGCGUGUUUCGCCUAAAAAUUAAUUUAGUAUAAAAUUUGGUUGUGGUUUAACAAAAAAAACAUACAAUAUAUUAUACUGUAUGCAUUUACCUUUGUGUUUAGAUUUUAAUGCGGGAUAGUUUUUAAAUUAUACGAAUAUAUUAUUAUUAUUAUUAUUAUUAUUAUUAUUAUAUGAUAUUUUCAAACAUUUACAUUCUAAAAUUAUUACAUUUUCUAACUGUGAUUUACCCAAGUGCAAUAGGCGUGGAAUGUCUUUAAAUUUACAUUUAUUACGUUAUCGCUAUUAUUAUUAUUAUUACUAUAUUAGACUAUACUAGACGCGGGUCUUAAGAGCUAAGAUGUGUAACAGUAUAAUAAUAAUAUAUUUGUAGCUUUUUCUCCCAUUUAUUCCUUUAAUAUUAAGCGUGAUCAAAAACAGAUAGUUAGCAUAUUAUAUAAUAGUAUAAUAUUACAAUGUACUUUAUUAUUUUACUCUCUUGUUUCUAAAUCUUUUUUUCAAUAUUGUCGUUUUUUAAUGUAAAAUAUUAUAAAUCAACAUUUUUUUAAAUUAUUAUUAAUUACAUAUUUAUAACACUCCAAUGUUUUACUCUUCAAAUUUUGUAAAACCAAAUCAGACAGUAUUAUUUAUAAAUAUACUAUUAUUAUUAAAAAUAAUUUAUAUUAGUCUCAAAAACUUAGUAUUAUAUUUAUAAUAUAUAUGUAUACGUAUUGAUUAAAAUAGAGCACUCGUCGUUGGCCUUUGGGAUGAGACGUGAAACUGAUACCCAAUAUGUAAAAGAUUCGUCCCAAAAUCAAAAUGACUUUCUCUCGACAAAGUGCUUCUAAACAUAAUUAAUAUACAAAAUCUAACGUGGAAUUUGUGUCGUGUGUGUAAGCGUUACUUAAAAGACGUUUUAUAAGUUAAUAUAAUAUAGCUAAAAAUUACUUCUCGCUGACCUUUGACUUGCUCACGACUUAUGUGUAAUUUAACUUUUAAGUAGAAUUUGGCUAAACAAAUACCUGUGAAAAAUGUUAAAUGAUCAAAAUUCAUGUUUAGUGUACUCGUAAUGAUAUUUACUAGUGUAUAAAUAAUAUAAACAGACGAAAUAUGUCUGAUUGUUUUUUCAUUCUACUCUUAUUAAUAAUUAUUAAUGUUGUAUAAUAUCUUUAUUUUCCUGUUAAUUGUCUUUAAUUUUAUUUACUUACCUUAAUCAUUCGUUAUAAAGGAUCAUUUUUUAACUUAUUAACGAAUACCAACGGUUUUAUGUAUUUAUUAAUUAUUAUUAUUAAAGUAUACUAUUGAUUGUUAUGCUGUAUAUUAUAGUAAUUUACGUACGCUCUUAUUUGUUAAAAAUUAUCUUCAUUUUUUAUUGAAAAAAGUGCAUGUGUAGGCCGUAUAGUGUACAUUAUUUUUUAGUCGAUAAUGUGUUAUCUGUGAACGAUGAUUUAUGACUUUAAGAAAACAAAUUACCAUCGUUUUAAAAACUCAAAUAAUUUUUUGACUAAUUUUAAUUAUUAUAAUAAUAACAUAGUUUAGAUCCGUGUUUCAAUUUAACUUUUUUUCAACUGUCUCAAUAUUUUUAAAUAUUCAAUUGACAAGUUAUAUUAUAAUAUAAAUAUAUUAUACAUACGAGUACGAAGUAUGUAUAUGUUUUAAGAAAAAAAGCCUUGUCUCCGAUCGAUAGUAACCAGUUGUCAGUUAUAUAAUUACAACUUUAUUUUGAAAACAGAUUUAACUCAAGUUUUGCCUGGUCUAUACUUAUAGUUUGCACCCCUCAUUGAUUAUCAAGUAAAAUAAAGACCGAGAUGUGAUCUGCCAGUGGUUACGCCUAAAAAUUUUCAAGCAGACCACGUAGUGUAUUUUUUUUGAUCACAUAAAAAGUGACUCUCCGGGUAAAUGUUAUUUCCUUUUUAAAAACUAACGACCACUACAUAUCGGUGACAUGCUUUUUAUUACACCCUUUGUGUUAUUAUAUCUUUUGAUAUUGUCAUUUUUCUCCAUUUAAAUUUAUGUAUAAUUAUUUAUUAUAAAAUGUUGUUAUUAUUUAUAAUAAUUAUGUACACCUACCUAAUAUUGUAUUUAAUUAUUCACGUUAAUACUCUGACAAUCAAUCUCUCUUCGCCAUAUUUCAUUGCCUGUUUGUUUCAUUUAAUUUUAUAUAAUACAUAAUGUUUUCGUCUAAUGUGCCAAAACAUCUUUAAUAAUUAUUAUUAUUGUUGUUUGAUGUUUCGUUUUAAAUUUUCAACUUUUUGA